AUGGUGUAUAAUGGUAUUGUUAAAGACUUAACCCGUUUUGGCCAUCGUACAGCUACAGAUAUAUUAGAAAACGGACGUCAAGCCGAGUUAAAUCCACCCCAAUUAGUUACACAUGAUGCUUGGGGACGCCGAAUUAAUCGUUUAGAAACAUCCAGUGGGUGGAAAUCGAUGCAUGCUGUCUCAGCUCAAGAAGGAUUAGUAGCAAUUCCUUACGAAAAAAAAUAUGCCGAAUGGAGCCGUAUCUAUCAAGUUGCAAAGCUUAGCCUUUUUCAUUGCUCAUCUGGAUUGUAUACGUGUCCAUUAGCAAUGACAGAUGGAGCAGCAAAAGUUAUCGAAGGUAUCAGAAAGGAAAAAAAAUCUAUCUAUCUAUUGAAUGCUUACAGUCGACUUACAUCAAGAGAUCCCGAACAAUUUUGGACAUCAGGACAGUGGAUGACAGAAAAACGAGGUGGAUCUGAUGUUGGAAAUACUGAAACGAUAGCAAUCAAAUAUUCGAAUGGACGUUACAAGUUAUAUGGAGAUAAAUGGUUUACCUCCGCAGUUGAUUCUAAUAUCGCUUUUACGCUUGCUAAGAUAGCAAAUGAUAAGAGCAAUACGCCUGCUGGUGGGGACAAUCCAUCUUUAUUUUAUCUUGAAACCAGAAAUCCUGAUGGAGAACUAAAUAAUAUUAACGUCAAUAGAUUGAAAAAUAAAUUAGGUACCAGACAGCUACCCACAGCAGAACUAACGCUUGAUGGGACUAUAGCAGAAAAGGUUUCAGAAGAUGGUCGCGGUGUAUCUGGAAUAUCUCCAAUGCUCACUAUUACUCGUCUUCACAACUCUAUCAGUGCGGUCGGAUCCAUGAGGCGAAUACUUACCUUAGCUGAAGCCUAUGCGAAGCAGAGAACGGCUUUCCGCAAAUACCUUUGCCAACAUCCUUUACAUGCUCGAACAUUGACUCAAAUGGAGGUCGAAUCUAGAGGUGCUUUGCUACUUGUUAUGGAGCUUGGUCGCUUAAUUGGAUUAGAAGAAUGUGGCAAAAGUAACGAACAGAACUUAAAUCUUAUGAGACUCUUAGUCCCUAUUACAAAGCUUUAUACUGCAAAACAAGCUAUGCAAAUUGUAUCGGAAGGGUUGGAGUGCUUUGGUGGUCAAGGAUAUAUUGAGGAUACUGGUUUACCGACAAUUUUUCGUGAUGCACAAGUGCUACCCAUCUGGGAAGGGACAACUAACAUUCUGUCUUUGGAUGUACUUCGAUCUCUGUUUAAGUCCAAAGGCAGUGUUCUACAAGCAUUCUUAUCGUCCGUGCAAGAACGGCUUGCAAUAGCGAUGGCAGCAAAAAGUGAAUUGCAAGAUGUUGCAAAAAGUGUUGGUACAGCAGCUGAAGCCAUCAAAAAGUUUGCCUACCAAGUAGAGCAGCAACAUGAACAAUUUCUAGAAGUUGCCGCACGUGACUUUUCAUAUAGUUUAGCGCGAGUUUUUAUGGGAUCUCUACUUGUCGAGCACGCUGGUCAUAUUGAAUCUGGAGAAGUUGACCUAUUUAUUGCCGAAAGAUUUUGUGAUGCUGACUUAACUCCAGUGGUAACCUUAUAUCAACGGGAUUGUUAUAGCGCAAAUGCAAUUGAUCUGUAUAAUGAAUCUAUUGCUAUAUCCGAAUAA